CGUCAUCAGCACGUCACAAGAUACGUCACGAGUACUGAACGGGUGCAAGGUGUCGCUCUCGUGAACGCGCAAAAUAGAGCAGCCAGAAGAAUCAGCGUCGUGAAGCAGCCGCCGAAUGCGAUCCGCGACAAGGUGAACGAGAUGAAGAAGUGCAAAAAAGGCGUCGGUCGGUGAGCGAGAUGACGGAGUACGUGCCGGUGAGCGAAGGCGAGCUGGACGAGCCCAUCGAGCUGCCCACCGAGGAGGAUGGCUCGCUGCUGCUGUCCACGGUGUCGGCGCAGUUUGCGGGCGCGUGCGGGCUCAAGUACCGUGCCAGCGGACGGUUGCGUGGCGUACGGCUGGUGGACGAGCGGCUGUCGCCGCCAGCCGAGGGCUGGCCGGCACACCGCUACUGGUGUGCGUUCCCGCGCAUCGACCCGCCGCCGCCGCGCCCGCGCUGCUCUGACCUCAUCGUGCUGGGGCUGCCGUGGAAGACGGGCGAGGAGGCGGUGCGCGAGUACUUCGGGGCUUUCGGCGAACUCCUGAUGGUGCAGGUGAAGCGUGACGCACGUACCGGCCUCUCCAAGGGGUUCGGGUUCAUCAAGUUUGCCGAAUACGAGGCGCAGGUGCGAGCACUUGGCCGCCGGCACAUGAUCGACGGCCGCUGGUGCGACGUGCGUAUCCCCAACGGCAAGGAAGGAGCCGCGGCGGCACACCGCAAGGUGUUCGUCGGCCGCUGCACUGAGAGCCUCACCGCGGACGACCUACGCGAAUAUUUUGCCGCGUUCGGACAGGUCACCGACGUGUUCGUGCCGCGACCAUUUCGCGCGUUCAGUUUUGUCACAUUUCUGGACCCGGAAGUGGCGCGCUCGUUAUGUGGUCAGGACCACAUCAUCAAAGGCGUAUCAGUGAACAUCUCGAGUGCAUCGCCAAAGCGUGCGGGCGGCGCCGGCGGCAGUGGCGGUGGCGCCAGUGUCGGGGGCGCGACUGCCGGCGCCGGCGCAGGUAGCGGAGCGCGCGCUGGUUGGCCCACACUGGGCUGGGCUCCCGACGCGUGGCCACUGCCACCUACACAUCUGCCCAUCGACUCCAAGCCCUACCUCAAGUACGAGUGAUCCGUGCCUCCUCAGUUUUGUUGAUUGCUGUCAAAUUUUAUAUGAAACUCUAUGUGUAAAUAAUAUUAUAUAGAAUGAAGUUGUCAA